AUGGAAUUUUUCAAGACUUUCCUGAUAUUGCUUUGCUGUUUUUUGAGCGUACAAACUCUUUUGACAAAGUUCCUUUUUAGAGGAAGACUGCUUUGCAACAAGUCUAGCCUCAGGUAUCAAAUGAAGAUUAAGGAAUUGGACACCUUUGUCGACGACACAAUUUCCCGAAUUCCACCAAUUGAGUCAAUUUCUCCUCACUACUAUGAAGCAUAUGCCGAAGAAGAUGGAGACGGAUUCCUGGAUAUGUAUUACGAACUUUUCAUUACAAUCCUGCACAAUUGUUCGGACGAUGGCAAGAAUAGAUUUUUAAAAGUUGAUAUUGGAUCAAUUCCAAUUAGACAUGGGUGGAUUCAUAGAACAUUGGAUAUUGAAUUAACCAACGUGGGAAUCGUAACUACAGAUCUGAUCCGGAGGAAAUUUUACUCAUAUAAGUAUCACAAAAAAACUAACAAGUACAUAUAAGCCCCACAAUAAAAAAUUUUAAUA